CUGAGGUGUGGAGGCAGGGAGACCUUCCUCGAGGAGGAUCAUCCGAACACGUUCAGUCAGAUUACUCCAUCAGUGGACAAACAAAGCAAGUGACGUUGCCAAACAAAAACAAAGGUCUGCCUUACUCUCUCAAUUUCUUCAUCGUCGUGCGCGACGGCGCCCACAGCGCCGCCUAAUUGUUUCUUCACCUUUCAUUCUAAUACGUCGACGGUCAUAGCUUCCAAGCUACGCCAACGACGUGUUUAUGCCCCGACGUUCACCCGCGGAUCAGCACCCCUCACAACAUACCCCGCCGUUGCCGCAAAAAGUCACGUUAAGGAUACGCCCAAUGGUUGUCCAGCUUCGACGGUCUUCAAGACAUUCUCGUGGAUCCGAAAGCGCUCCUUCGGGUUCAGAAUACCAUGAUGGCGGCAGCGACAAAUCCUCCGACGACCAACUCUCGGGACCGCCAGCCGACGUCGAAGAACCGCCUCCCCCAGAGUUGACAAAGACGCGUAGCGGUCGAACAGUUGCAAAGCAUUCAUAUGCCGAAAGUGAUGAUGACCCUGUCUUCGGCGGCGAGGCUACUUCUGCGGAGCAACUCUUCAACGACGUAACUGUCGGAGGGGAUGAUGGUGACGAUGAAGAAGAGGAACAUGGCCCGCGCCGGACCGGUCGGAAAACACGCAAUCUUAGAGGUUUCGUCGUCGAGGACGAAGAAGACAAGGAAAAGCUUGGUCCUAAGACUAGGUUGCGGUCCCGCAAAGAGCCCCCACGCCCCACCCAGGCUGAAUUACGCUCAGUGCGAGCAGCUAAACGGGCUACGCGCAGUCGUAAUCACGAUGCCGACUACGAAGCUCACACGUCGUCUGGUGCGUCCGCUUCUGCUGACGGGUCGAUCGGAGACGCACCUGGCACAUCGUCGGAUCUGGAGCCUCCAGAGACCCAUGACGCUGAAGAUGCCGACGGGGAUCAAGAUAUGGAUGAAGGAGAUGACGGAAAACCCUAUUCUCUACGCCAGCGACAAAGGAUCAAUUACGCUAUCCCUCCCCCGCUAGAGGAAAUGUCCAGACCCCCUCUGAAACCGGCCAAAAGUCACGGAGGACGAAACGGUUAUGGAGGAGGGCGGAAGCCGAAGGGGUUGGGCUGGAGUGCAAGUGGGGCAGAGCUUUCGAAGUGGAUGGGCAUGGGCGGCGCGGGUGAUGACUCCGACUCUGAUGCACCUACAAGGACUCCUCGUAAGCGCUUUGGGAUGGGUGCAUUUGAAGGGGGUGUCGGCACAGGUGGCAAUGGUUUAAUACCGCCCGACUUCGCGGCGGCUGGCACACCAUCAAAUUUGGGGAAAAUCACCGAUGCUGCUCUUGCUGACGCAGAUCCUUUGGGUGUCAAUGUGAAUGUAACCUUUGACGAAGUCGGUGGGCUAGAUGAUCACAUUCACUCCCUGAAGGAAAUGACUCUUCUGCCUUUACUUUAUCCUGAAGUUUUCCAACGAUUCAACGUCACUCCUCCUCGAGGAGUUCUAUUUCAUGGGCCCCCAGGCACAGGAAAGACUCUUCUUGCUCGAGCUCUUGCUGCGAGCUGUCGUUCGAACGGCAAACAAAUAUCUUUUUUUAUGCGAAAGGGCGCUGAUGCCCUUUCCAAAUGGGUUGGUGAAGCUGAACGACAACUUCGACUUUUAUUUGAAGAAGCUCGUGCUUGUCAACCUUCUAUAAUAUUCUUCGAUGAGAUAGAUGGCUUAGCACCAGUUCGGUCGUCGAAACAGGACCAGAUCCAUGCCUCAAUAGUCUCCACGUUGUUAGCGCUCAUGGAUGGUAUGGAUGGACGAGGCCAGGUUAUCGUUAUCGGAGCAACGAAUCGACCGGACGCUAUUGAUCCUGCUCUCAGACGACCUGGACGUUUUGACAGAGAAUUUUAUUUCCCGUUACCCAAGAUCGAUGCACGAGAAAAGAUUUUAAGUAUCAUGACAAAAGACUGGGAAGGGUGGUCUGGAGAGGACGGUUCGGAGAAGAUCAAGGGUCUGGCCAAAAUGACUAAAGGUUAUGGCGGUGCAGAUUUAAGGGCGUUAUGUACGGAAGCCGCUUUGAAUGCUGUACAGCGCAAAUAUCCGCAGAUCUACAAGUCCAACGAUCGGCUUCUGCUUAAACCCGAAACCAUUGGAGUGGGUUUGAGGGACUUCAUGAUUUCAAUCAAGAAAAUGAUCCCGUCAUCUGCUCGAUCGUCGUCUUCCUCUGCCACACCAUUACCGCCGCAAUUCGAACCUUUGCUCUCCGAGACAUUUGAGAAAGCCAAAGCCGUACUUGAACGUGUGCUGCCUGUAGAAAAGAAGCUUUCCGCUUUAGAGGAAGCGGAAUAUGAUGAUGACGACGAAGCUGGUGCUUUGGAACGUGAAUUGCUGUCACAAUCUAUGGCCACUUUACGAAUACAUCGGCCGAGAAUGUUACUGUAUGGACCGCCGGGAAUGGGCCAAGGGUACAUUGGCGCAGCCAUUUUACACCAUUUGGAAGGCUAUCAUGUCCAGAGCCUUGAAUUGGGCACCCUUAUGGGUGAUUCUACAAGAACUGUCGAAGCCGCCAUCGUUCAAUUAUUCGUGGAAGCGAAACGGCACCAGCCCUCUGUCAUUUAUAUACCCUCCCUCGUGGGCUGGUGUGCAGCUGUGUCCGAAACGUCUCGAUCUACCGUUCGCGCCAUGCUUGAUACACUGGCACCUACAGAUCCUGUUCUUCUGUUGGCCAUCAUCGACGGUCGGUUCAUGGACCUCCCCCGUGACGUCAGGUCGUGGUUCGGUCCUACUAAAGAUAACCGAGUCGAAUUGCUUGUCCCCACUGCCAUACAAAGAGAACAAUUUUUCGACGGCCUCAUUAAGGACAUCCGUCGGCCUCCUAACAUGUUUGCGGAUGGUAUCAAAAGGAAAAAGCGUGUUCUUGAGGAACUGCCCUUAGCACCACCCCCCGAACCUCGUCAACCUACAGAAGCUGAAAUUGCAAUGCAAAUUGAGAGUGAUCGUCGCGUCAUAACAGCAUUGAAGAGUCGGCUCGGGCCUAUCCUGAACGAGUUGAAGCGGAAGUUUAAGCGAUUUACUAAACGAGCUACUGACGAAUAUCCAAUCGAAAUGUUCAACAAUGCAUACUCAGAGCCGGCGGUUAAUGAAACCAUCCCAGCGGCAAUUGACGGUCAGGCGGAACCAAAUGGCGUCAUCCGAAUUAAUAUGGAGGAACAACCACCGCAGCCUCUUGUGAACGGACAUGUUAAUGGCAUUGUUCCAGGAUCGCCUGUCCCUGAGCAGGUCGAGCAGGUUGCUCCACGACCCCAAUUGUACGACAUUGAUCUGGACAGGAUGCACAUUGAAGUCUAUAACGAUCGUUAUCUCACUCCUCAAGACUUCCUGGACGAUAUUGGAAAAAUCGUUCAUAAUGCCGCAGUCUGUUGUUUUACCAAGGAUGACCAUGAGCGUCUAUUAAAGGCACAGGCACUCUUCACCUCAGCAGAGGUCAUAUUCCAGGAAUUUGAUCCUCACAUUCGUGCUGAGUGUGAACGGAUGGCGCCAAGGGAGAGAAAGCGGCGUGAGGAGCAUAGGAAAAACAAACAGAAGGAGAAAGGCAAAGCGGCAGAGGCUGCCGUCGUCGCUGCUCGUAGAAGUGCUCGAAAUAAUGGCCAACAACCGGAGCUUGCGCUUACCGAUCCUGUGAGGUUGGAACGUAGCUUGAAGCGGCAGAGGACGGAUGAACAAGCGAUCGACUCGAAUGGGUCAGAAGAAGAGAACGGGGAGGGACGUGAUGCUAAACGGACAAAGUUGCUUGAUGGUGAUGCCGACGGUGACGCGGACGCGGACGGCGAUCCAGACGAUACUGAUCCUCUUAAUCUUGUUGCUUCACCUCGAGUGCGAUUUGAGGUAGCCUCAUUCGAUCAGCCGAUGCAGCCUAUUUCGAUGCAGCCUCUAUACCCUCAGGUCCCGAAUGGUCAGCCGACUUUCAAUCAACAAGGCACAGCUUCACCUUACUCUCAGCCAUCUAUGUUUCCAGUUCCUGGACCUGCAACACAUCAAGACUUGCCUUUAUAUAUGCCUGAGCGGCCGAUGCCUUCGUAUCAGCAGGCUAUGCCUUCAAUGGCUUCGCCAUAUCCUAAUGGACAAUCUAUGUAUGGGACUGGGCAGCCGAUGCCACCAUACAUGAAUCAGCAGCCGAUGCCCUCGUACGAGAAUCAGCACUCGAUGCCCUCUUUCUCUAAUAUGCCCUCAUAUUCUCAUGCUCAGCCCAUCCCUGCAUAUACGAACGCACAACCUGAAGCCAUGGCGGUCGAUCCUGUCACUACUCGACCGUCGAACUUUAAUUCAAUUCUUAAUCCUGCUCCUGUUCCUAGCGUUAUGGAACAAUGGGAACCUACGUCUCCUGUCGCCAGGCCUCCAACGAUCCCUCCGGCCCCCAUUCACGACCCCGAGAACCCUUUCGCACCCGAGGUCGACUCAUCAGCGAAAGAUCCUUUGACAGCGCCGAAAAGCGUCUCUCCUGUACCCGAGAAAGAACCAUCGCCAAUCCCUAUCGAAAGAACACCUACUCCGCUACCCGAGUUCCAUGUCGACGAAGGACUUGUAUCACAAUUGCAAGGCAGUCUGCGCGGGAAUACCUCUUCACUUACUGUGGAGCAGCUUGAGCAGCUCCGUGCUACGUGUCUAGGAUGUGUCUGGCGCCAUCGUUCUGCAUGGGACAGAGAUGAUCUUGUCAGGGAACUGCAAGAUAUAGUUAGCGAUUUCGUGGAAGAGGUCGGACAGGAUGAUGCAGAGUUGGACGAGAUGACAUAGGUGCAUUUUUCGGGCUUGUAGACAUCAUUUAUUAUCUUGUAUUGCUGACAUGUCUGUAUCAUUUGUAUCAUCGAUAUUCCUCACUUAUAAUCUGUCUAAUAAAAAGUGCUCGACUCUGAGAUAACUUGA